AUGAAUCGGAAAGGGCCUAUGCAAAAGAAUGAAGAAACCGACAAACCUCUACGAAUUGCCAUUGUGGAAAAGGAUCGAUGCAAACCAAAAAACUGUGGGCUUCUUUGUAAACGGAGCUGUCCUGUGAACAAAAUGGGCAAACAGUGCAUUGUCGUCGAAGCAACAUCGUCUAUUUCUCAAAUCUCUGAAGUACUAUGCAUUGGUUGUGGUAUAUGCGUGAAAAAAUGUCCCUACAAUGCCAUCACAAUUAUCAAUCUACCGACUAACCUUGCACAUGAAACUACACAUCGUUAUUCAAUGAACUCGUUCAAAUUGCAUCGGCUGCCAACUCCACGUACUGGAGAGGUAUUGGGGCUUGUCGGAACGAACGGUAUAGGUAAAUCAACCGCUCUGAAAAUACUCGCUGGCAAACUAAAACCAAACCUUGGGAAGUACGAUGCUCCUCCCGAUUGGCCGAGCAUUCUGCAAUAUUUUCGCGGAUCGGAAUUGCAAAAUUACUUCACGAAAAUUCUGGAAGACAAUCUCAAAGCUGUUGUCAAACCGCAAUAUGUUGAUCAAAUACCCAGGUGA